AUUAUUUGAAGAAAUGGUUGAAAUUUUAAAACCUUUUGAGGAAAUAACAAGGCAUGUUUGUGGUGCCAAAUACCCUACAAUGAAUCUCCUGAAAAAGGUGAAUCCAUUAGAUCUUAUCUAUGGACCCUUAUCAGAUUUUGAGAAAAUUGCAGAUAGUGAUACAAGUGUUAGCAGUGAUGACGAAGCUGACAUAUCAUCAGCUGGGAAAGAACUGGAUAAUUCAGAUAUAGUAAGAUAUUUACCUUCUGCAAACUGUGAUGGGCUCUUAGAAAGAAUGCGUCUUCCACGCAAAUUAAAGCUACUUUCAUUUGCUACUUCUAUUGAACGAAGAAAUAUAGAAAAUCAAAUUUGUAAAGAAUUACUUUUAUUAAAACCUAACCGUAAUAAUAGUGAUACAGAAAGAACACAGACUACUAUAGAGGAAGAUUGUGAUUCUUUGAGCACUAAAUUAUGGGGCCCGCAUUCAACACCUGUUUUACAAACUGCUGCUGAGGAUGAAUUAACAAAUGUAGUAUUUAAAAUAUCAAAAGAAACUGGUGCUGGAACCCAACUAGCUGAUAUACAGGAUUUUAUAAAAUUUAAAGCUGAAUGUCUAAAAUUAGCUGCCAAAAACGGUUGGCUACAAUUAAAGCCCCCAACACAUCCUCUUUUUUCUCAUACUAAGACAUCUAAAAAAUUAUAUUUCUCUUCUUCACAAGUAUUACAACUGUUAUUACAAGUACUAUCACUACAAUCACAAGCUCAAUUAUUACCAACACUAUUAUCAUCAUUACAAGCACUAUUAUCAUCAUUUUCAGUAGCUUUAUUAUCCUUAUCACAACAAGCACCAUUAGUUUUAUUACUGCAAGCACCAUAUGUUCUGCUACUACAAAAUAAUUGGGCUUAUAGAUCUUCACAAAUUUCAGUAAAGAAUUUAGCAAGAUUACCUGAUAAUGCACUUAAAUUAUGUGGUGUAGAUACAAUUAGUGUUUGA